UGCCACUUUCAAUGCAACUGGAAACAAAUCCCCCUACACCUUAUCCGCCAUCUCCAACUUAUAUCCUUAUAUCCAUGUAUCCAAAGACUCGUUACCUCUUCUUUAUCCUUCCCACCCUCACUUCCAAAAUAUGAGCCACCGUUUGUACGCACUUUCCAUGUAAAAAUUAGAAUACUUAUUGCCAGCCUUAAGAUGAAAUCAUCACUUAUUUUGAACUCUUGAAGAUAAGUUUCAUCUUUCUUAUCAUCAUUUUUCUUUCUAUCUUUCUCGAAGCUCAGUCGUUUCCAUUUUUCGCCAGGAUCUUUUUCACUCGUUCUCUAUUAAACUUCGUUCCUCUGUCGUGAAAUCAUCAUCUUUGUUAUUCAAUCUUUGAAUUGGAUUAUAUAUUUCAAUAGUUCAUCAUGUCUUCAAUCCUCGCCAACGGACCUGGUCUUUCUUCAGGAAAAGCCGGUGAACCUUGUAAAUUCACUAUCCUUUCCCCUCCUGGUUCAUCUAAAUUCAAUCCUGCAUCUUGUUCUGUCGCUUUUGAGGGUCCCUCCAAGCCAGAAAUAAAAUUUGUGACAAACAAAGAUGGAACCGUUGAGUGUACCUGGACUCCAAAGCUACCAGGAAAUUAUAAGAUUUAUGUUCGUUAUGAGGAUAAAGAGAUUGCAGGAUCACCUUUCCUCUGUAAAAUUACUGGCGGUGAAGAGUUGGCUAAGCAACAAGUUGGUAAGAUAAAGUGUUCCGGCGCUGCUCUGAAAGAAGGUAAAACCCAUGUUACCAACGAGAUUGUAGUAGACACAAAGGAAUCAGGAAUCAUUGGUGGACUCAAUGUUUCCAUGGAGGGUCCUGCUAAACCGGAAAUCAAUUUUAAAAACACUUCAGGUGGUAUACUGAUUCUCCAAUACAAACCAACCCAACCCGGUAACUACAAGCUUCACCUCAAGUUCCAAGAGAUUCAUGUUCCCGGUUCUCCGUUCCAAAUUAAAGUUACCUAAAGAUAACAAAAAUGAAACAUAAAAAUGAAAUUAAAAUAUAACUUACAAUGAGCAAAAAGAAGGAGAAGAAGAAUUGAACAAUCACAAAAUUAACAAACUAAAAAGAUUGAAACCAGAGCAAAAAGGAUACAAACCAAAAUAUAAAAACUAAUAUGGAGUUAAAGAUGAAAGAUUAAGAUGGUGACUUCAGCGAUCAAACUAAAUUAUUAAUCUUAAACCAUUUUAACUGUUGCCGAUGCAAAAAGGAGUCUAAAAAUAACACUGAACAAAGCGAUGACCGAAAAGUUUAUUCUUAUCAACUUAACUCUUACCAUUCUUUUCCCUCCUUUUCCUUUUUCUUCCAUCCAAUCACUUGAUUUCUCCACUGUUUAUGCCUUUUCUCUUCGUUCCUUGUUACUGUUACAAUGUUAAACUAAAAAUGUUUUAAAAUUAAUU